UGUGUGUCUCCUUUCAGCUGAGGACUUGAGGAAAACAUGCGUCAUAAACUCAAUUCUGAGCCUUCCUGGUUGAUAGAGCCCAUAGUGGCCUUUCACUGACAAUGACAGCGACUGCGAUCCCCUGAAUGUCUCACUGAGGUGUCAGCUGGAGCAUGCAGCACAGGGGUGUGCUGUGUGAACGAUGGAGGACGAGAUGGGACAAAGAGAAAUGUAUUUCAACCACACUACGCCAAACAUUUCACCUACAAAUCCAACGCCUGGAUUUCCUACUUACAGUGUUCUCAUCCCCUUUGUGUUGCUCACGCUGAUUGGAUGUGCUGCUGCAGUGGUUCUGUAUAUUAGGAAGAAAUCAAGAUUAGACGAGCUACGUCACAGGCUGAUUCCUCUGUACACCUACGACCCCGCAGAAGAUGAGUGGAGGGACGCUGACAUGGAGGAUCAGGAGUUGGCUGAACCUUUGUACAAGGAGGGAACACUCUCCUUUUCAUCUGGUUAUGGGACUUGAUAAGAGAAGAAAGACCACAGAUUUCUUCUUCGAGACUUUGUUACCUCUGUUUGUUUGUUUGGAAGCAAGAUAACAUGAAAACAACUGAACAGAUUUCCAUAAAACCUGGUGGAAGGAUGGGACAUGACCCAAGGAAGAACCCAUUUUAUUUUGGUGAGGCUCCAGGCUUUCUUUGACAUUGUUCUUCUUUCAGGGUUUUCCAUGAUUUUUAGAAGAAUAAUUCAUGGAUCUUGAUAUUAAUGAGUGUUUGCAAUUUGGUGCAGAUCCAAAUAAAAAUGUGGAUCAGCCUCACUGCCUCUCUAUGGCCAGCUCCCACAUCUGAUUCCUUAGACUGUGCUUGUGUGGUGUAUAAUGUGACCCUUGGUUCUACCUCUAAGAUCUUCAGUAAUCAGGCAUAUCAGCCUGGACGAGAGCAUCAUUUUCUUUCCUCCUUUUCUCUGUUUGUCUGUUCAUGAUAAUUUAAAAUAAGACUAUUAUUAUC